GUUGAAUUGAGUUUUGCUGGCUUUUCUUCUAAUGGACAACAAACAGACGCUUUCCCUUCCUCGAAUCAAAUGCACUCGCUCCUGAACUCUUCAAUGGAACCUCAAUUUCACCGAUGAGCUUCUUCCGGGGGAUCGUCGACUCCCUCGGCUCGAUCUUCGCCGACGGCGACUCCCCCCCGUACGGCUCCCACCGGCGGCAGGGCUCCGGCUCCCCCGAUCCCCCUCCGUCCAUGGACGCCGGCGGCGGCGGGGCCGCGGUGACCUCGGUCGCGAACGAGCGGACGGCCUACAAGCUCAAGGGGUACUUCGACUUGGCCAAGGAAGAGAUCGCCAAGGCGGUCCGGGCCGAGGAGUGGGGGCUGGUCGACGACGCGAUCGCCCAUUACCGGAACGCCCAGCGCAUCCUGCUCGAAGGCAGCUCGACGCCGGUGCCUUCGUAUAUCAGCUCUCGGGAGCAAGAGAAGGUAAAAUCCUAUCGACAGAAGAUAUCAAAAUGGCAGGAUCAAGUCUCGGAUAGAUUGCAAGCUUUAGGUCGGAGAGCUGGUGUUGCAUCGACAAGCAAGAGCACCUUAACCAAUGCACAUGCUGCUCCAGUUUCAUCAACGGCAUCAAAUGGUCUUGGGUACGCAAUUCAGAAUUCUCCUCCUAGUCGAAACAAUAGACUAGUGAGGAGUCAGACAGAGAAAGCUGCUAGUGCAAAACCAGCACAGGAUUCUGGUAAUGGUUAUGAAGCAAAACUGGUCGAAAUGAUAAAUACUGCAAUAGUGGAUAGAAGUCCAUCAGUCAAAUGGGAAGAUGUUGCUGGUCUGGACAAGGCUAAGCAGGCUUUGAUGGAAAUGGUUAUUUUGCCAACAAAGAGAAGAGAUUUAUUCACGGGUCUGAGAAGGCCUGCCAGAGGUCUGCUUUUAUUUGGUCCACCUGGUAAUGGAAAGACCAUGCUUGCCAAAGCAGUCGCAUCAGAGUCAGAGGCAACAUUUUUUAACGUUUCUGCUUCUUCCUUAACAUCGAAAUGGGUGGGCGAGGGUGAAAAGCUUGUGCGGACUCUCUUUAUGGUUGCUAUUUCCAGACAGCCAUCUGUUAUUUUUAUGGACGAAAUCGACAGCAUAAUGUCUACAAGAUUAGCAAAUGAGAAUGAUUCUAGCCGGCGAUUGAAAUCAGAGUUCCUAAUACAGUUUGACGGUGUUACCUCUAACCCUAACGACUCGGUGAUUGUCAUUGGUGCUACGAAUAAGCCACAAGAAUUGGAUGAUGCUGUUCUGAGGAGACUGGUGAAGAGAAUCUACAUACCGCUACCAGAUGAAAAUGUGAGGAGACUUCUUUUGAGAAACAAACUCAAGGGCCAAUCAUUCUCAUUACCUAGUGGAGAUUUAGAAAGACUUGCAAGAGAUACAGAAGGGUAUUCUGGAAGUGAUCUGCAAGCCUUAUGUGAAGAAGCCGCUAUGAUGCCAAUAAGGGAGCUUGGAACAAAUAUUCUCAAAGUCAAGGCAAAUCAGGUAAGGCCUCUCAGAUACGAAGAUUUUCAAAAGGCAAUGACUGUGAUUAGACCAAGUUUACACAGAAGCAAGUGGGAGGAACUUGAGCAGUGGAACAAAGAGUUUGGCUCCAGUUAAAGGGUUCAUCUCAGUUCCUCGACGAAUUCCUGUCGAGGCUUGUUGAGAAGCCGUCGCCAAAUGCAGAGCUUGACUGAAUUGUAUGCAGAUAUGUAGACUGUGUGGCGAUGGAUUAAGUUGUAUAUAAAUUUCAAUUCAGUGUAAUUCAUUUGUUGUAUCGUGCUCUUCGGUUGAGCCAGUUCGCAUUGUGUAUAUUAUUCCGAUUACUUCGUGUCGAAUUAUGGAUGAGAUGCACACGCUAUUAAUCGCACCACUUGAUUUCUCUGCUUUUUCUUU